AUGUCUAAGGAAAUAAUCUAUUUCCAGCCGCUGGGCCGGGAGUUAACCCUAAUUAAGAAACAAUUUAAGCUUUUCACCAUUAACACUAUCCCCAAUUGCGUAUACACCAAUUACGCCAUUUUCUUCCGUUUCCGGGAUAAAGACAAAAGCCGGGCCGUGGAGCUGCUAAAAUCUGGGCUAAUGUAUACCUUCGCUCAAUCAAUAGUGCAGGUUGUCAUUUAUAAUAUGGAUCCAAAUGCCGGCAUUCCAACUUUGGAUAACAUCGAAAAGGGCCAUUUUGGAGGCGAAACUUUGAAAGAUAUCAGCAUUCCAACAAUAAUAUGGGGCGAGGGACCUAAGGCAAACCCAAACAGCAGCCCUACCGUAUCCGCCUACCAAAUUAACCGGUACACCGGUGGCUUAGUCUUGGUCGUCCAGGUUCAUUAUUACGCCUUAAAUACGGUUGGGUUUAAAAACUAUAUUAUACAACUGGCGGCCAAUUAUGCAGCCCUGGCCAAUUCGACGCCCUUCCCGCCUUUCGACCCGGCAAACCUGGACGCAUCGCGCUUGACCAUUAAAAUUCCGGCGGUGCUGCUCCACCUGCCCAAAAACAAAGCGGCCGAGCUAAAAAGGCUCGCCACGCCCCGGGGCGGCGAUUGGGUGUCGACGUAUAAUACGUCGUAUGCCUAUCUCUGGCGUAUCCUUAAUAAAGUGAGGGCUACCUUGUAUAACCCCUCGCGAGAUAUGGUUUUGUGGUGGGGCGAGGCCAUUAACUUACAACCGCGGCUUUGCCGCCCACCCUUGCCCCAGGGAUUAAUGCGUAACGCGUUGGGCUGCGCUACUUCAGAUACGAGCCCUGUCCCUCCAUUAACGGUCGCCGAAAUGGUGGACGAGGCGCCGCUAAGCAAGCUAACGUCCUAUAUCCGCGCGUUGACAAACAGCUGCGAUAACGAACAUAUCGACAAACUGCUGAAUAAGGUGGCGCCUGUUAGGGAUAAGAGUACCAUCAGCCUGCGAUUAGACUCGUACCCGCCUAUAAGCAUGUUUGUAACUGAUUACAGGCCUGCCGACGUUAGUAAUUUUGAUUUUGGGUUCGGGAAGCCGAUUAUUUAUCGGCAUUUGUUCGGCGGCUUUUCGACGGAGGGCGUUAUUAUUAUAUAUCCGCCUAUCAGGUCCACUAACCCCGACGAAGGGUACGUUUUUUCGGUGACCAUAGAAAAAGAGCUUGUGGGUAAAAUGAUAGAAAUGCGCGAAUUUUGCGAAUUUUUCGAAUAUCGCGGCGUUAACUAA